AUGGCCCUGGGCACAUAUCUAGUAAGGCGGUCAGGGAUUGGCUGGCACAGGCACGUCCAAGGAAGAUUGCUGGUGAUUGGUGAAUGCAGGCAUGUCCACGCCCCUAACCAGGUGUUUUAUAAAAUAUUAAUUGAAGGGAAAACAUACACUGUGAACCUCACACAAAAAAAUAUUUUACCCUAUAAUUUUAGGGUUUAUGGUUAUAAUUCUUCAGAAAUUAUGAAACCUCUUAUCCAAAAGUUUCAGAAUCUCUGCAAUUACCAAGGUCAUGUUGAAGGUUUUCCAAAUUCUGCUGUGACCAUUAGUACCUGCUUUGGACUGAGGGGCUUAAUACAGUUUGAGAAAGUCAGUUAUGGAAUUGAGCCAAUAGAGACUUCAGCUGGGUUUGAGCAUAUUAUUCAUCCUGUAAAGAAUAAGAAUGCAAGCUAUUCUUUAUAUACCAAGAUGGAGAAUGAACGAACUCAACCAUCUCAUAAAAUCCCAAGGGGGGUCGAGUUACAAUUGUAUAAUACUGCACCAUACAAUAGGUACAUAGAAAUCCAUGUUGUUGUUGAAAAAAAAAUGUAUGACCAUAUGGGCGCUAACACAGCUGCUGUCACUCAGAAAGUUUUCCAGGUGAUUGGACUUGUCAGUGCAAUGUUAACUUCACUUAAUAUUACAUUAAUUCUGUCUUCAUUGGAGCUCUGGAUAUCUGACAAUAAAAUUUCUAUAAAUGGAGAAGCUGAUGAAUUACUAUACCGAUUUUUAAACUGGAAAAAUACUUAUCUUGUUUUGCGCCCCCAUGAUGUGGCAAUCUUACUUGUUUACAGAGAAAAAUCAAACUAUGUUGGUGCGACAUUAAAAGGAAUCAUGUGUGACAUAAAGAAUUCAGGAGGUGUUCUUCUGUAUUCAAGAGCAAUAAGCCUGGAAGCACUUGCAGUUAUUGUAACGCAAUUACUGAGUCUCAGUAUGGGGAUACGAUUUGAUGACAGUAAAUGCCAGUGCUCAGGAGCUGCCUGUAUAAUGAGCCCCAAAGCAAUUUAUUUCAGCGGUGUGAAGCCAUUCAGUAGCUGCAGCAUGGAAGACUUUAUACUUUUUAUUUCAAAGCCAAAGUCUCAAUGUCUUCAAAACCAGCCCCACCUGGAUCCCUCUUACAAGCGAAAUGUCGAUACAUGCAAAGCUCCUUUUGGAUGCCCGUCAACUUCCCAAAUGGACGAAAAUAACGACAAAAUUCCUGCACUCAUGCUUGAAGAUGGACGACAGGUCAUUGAAGACGUGGGGAAGUUUUCUGGACUAUCUUGA